GUUGCCAAAGGCAUGCUGCUUUUAGAGACAGAUUCAGGCUGAGAUUCUAGUCCUGUGCAAACUCCUCCACAAAACAACGAGCCAUGAUUGCGAAAACGUGUGCAGUGCUACUCCUGCUCCUUGGCACUCUGUGCAUCAAUCUGACACAGGGGAAGCCAACUGCAAUUCUGAACAGGUGUAUGUGCAGAGGUGGAGCAACACAGAUCAACGUGAAAAACAUCAGGGGGCUGCAGGUUAUCCCUGUCCCAAACUGCCCUCUACAACUCAUAGCCACAUUGAAGACUGGAAGGAAGAUUUGCCUGCAUUCCAAAUUUUUGUACCUUUGGGAAAGAAAGCUAAAUAGACAAGCCAAGAACUAAAUGCGAGGGAAGAAUGAAGCCAGCUGGCUGUCCCCGUCCAGAUACUGCGUAUGAGUGCACACUCACACUAAAGAUGCUAUGUGCACAUCUUAUGUUAUUGUUUCUUCGCCAUGCCUGCCUCGAUUGCUUUGCUAGCCACCACACCUCAUUCUCUCAGCCUAUUACAUGCUGAAUCUAGUUAACUGUAGUGUGGUGCACACAUGCGCUUGUCAGCAGUGCUGUUGAUUUUUCAUUUAAAAAAAAAAAAUGAACACCUCCGGGUAUAUUUUACCAUAUACUUACUGCCAACUGACUCCAAGGCAGGCUCUCGGUGUUAGAAAAAUUGACGAGCAAAAAUGUGAUGGAACGAAAGCAGCUACUGGGCAAUAUUAUUUUACAACAGUACCCUUAGCACUUUUUAAAAGUCAUUGGAGAGUCAAGUUUUCCUUUGACGAUAAAUGGCUUAAUCGCGUCCCAAUUAAUGUCCCGAUGAUGAAAUCGAAAAUGGAAGUGCGUGAUUUCUAUGGAUAUCAUUUCAUUUAAAGGUCCUAAGUCACAAAGGUAGAUAAAAUUCAUUGAUGAAGAGUCAUAUGGACUUAAAACGUUAAUUUUGUCUUUCACUCCAGAUGCUGACAGACAUGCUGAGCUUUUCCAGCAAUUUUUGGUUUGUUUCAGAUUUCCAGCAUCCGCAGUAUUUUACUUAUAUCUUAGAUAAGAUUUGCCCUUUAUUUUAGGUAGAAAUCUGACAUGUUGUGCAACUUAUUGGCAGCUUCCAGUGGCAAGAGUAAGUGCUAUAACAGUAUACCAGCAGGCUGAGCAGUACAUUUAGACUCAGGACGUAACAUUUUGAUACUGUCAGGAAUUAAGUCGGCCAUCCAAUAACUUGAUCCCAUCCUCCUCCAUUGUGCAGUGGACCUCAGCAGCCCAAGAGGAUGGGGGUAUGAUGGAGGGCUUUUGCCCAGUGUCACCUUUUGCUUAUCUGCUCGUCUAUGCAUGAGGAUGGCCCAUGCUGACUGGCCUCCCAGCUUCCUCUCUCUGGAGAAGUGUCUGGUCUUUCCCUGGUGUCUCCCAAUGAUGCAGUAUGGCUCAGGUUUAGGGACUCACCACCUGGGAAAUCGUUUAACUUCCACUCCACAGCAUGAGCUGGUUCAAAUGCUCCAGAGCAAUGGGCGAGUUAUCCUGGAUCAGCCUUACCUGUCUAAACAGCAGCAUCCAGGAUUUGAUCUCUUUUAAACAAUCCCUCUGGCUGGAGGAGCUUUUUGGAGUGGCAGACUGAGAGGAUCCUACUAUCAGUCAUUUAAAAAAUGGCUGUAAUCUCCCUGACCUUUAGUCAGUAAUACUGAACCACCAUUGGUUAAAUACCUUUGUAAAGCAUUAAGGCUGGCGGAUGAAAACUAUUCUUUAAAUUUGCUAAUGGUGUUCAAAGCUGCCACCAGAGUAUAUUGUAAGCUCAUUAAUAGAUUUUUUUUUUGUACAUAGCACUAACCCUAACCAUGGUGGUUUACUAACCAUUGCUUCUUUCAUGAGCGAGAUGGUUUUUGAAAACAAUUUCAAAGUGACUAUCUAGCAGAAAUCCAACUUUAGACUUCUAAUGUUCCGAAACGAGGUUGUCAUGAGGAAGUACUGAUGUCUGUAUUUUGGCAAGUGUCUGUUUUUGUCAUUUCCCACAAAAUGUGAAAAUUUAACAAGAAGCUGUCUUCACGGAAAAACAUUCGGCAACAUAUUCUUCUUGGAAAGGCAGCAAUCCCGUCAAAUGUUUGUCCCUGUCCUGUUGCGCGCAUGUGAUGUGUAGCGACUGAUGUAUGUCAUUUCACUGUAUAUUUCAAGAUGAGAUGUUAUUACCUCUUUUAAAAGGAAGUUCAAUGUAAUUGAAACUAUCACGUUUGACUUGUUGAAAUACACUAUUGACUACUUUGUUUUAUACUGUUUCUUUGUAACAUUUUAAGAGGCCUUUUUUUUAACAGAAUAAACUUUGUUAAAAUUUCAAAA